AUGAGACUCGAUUGACAUGUAAAUUGGCAAUCGGCGUUAUUUUUUUACAUGUCAAACUCGUUAACGUAAAAGCGAAAAAUGCUUCGUUUUUAUUAUUCAAACGUGUGAAAUUACUUUUAAAUGGUCUAAUUUCCGUAAUAUAACUAGUUAUUGACGAGCGAUAAUAGUUUAAUCGACAAUGGACGUGGAUACGGGCGGCCGCAGCUCGCGCUCCCGCAGCAAGUCCGUGGAGUCCGCGGCGAAGUCCCGUUCGGGCUCGCGCUCCGCAUCGUCAUCCUCCAGCCGCAGCGGUUCCGCCGCGAGCCGCAAAUCCAAGUCCAGAAGCCGUAGUGGAUCUGCUGCCGACCGCAAGUCCAAGUCUCGUAGCCGCAGCGGGUCCGCCGCUAGCCGCAAAUCCAAGUCUCGUAGCCGUAGUGGGUCCGCUGCGAGCCACAAAUCCAAGUCUCGUAGCCGUAGUGGGUCCGCUGCUAGCCGCAAGUCGAAGUCCAGGAGCCGUUCACGUUCCUCGCGCUCGUCGCGUUCCCGCAGCGGUUCAGCAGUGCGUUCUGAUGCCGGAGAUCGCAACCCGCGGUCAAGGAGCGGUUCUCCAGCUAAAUCUAGGUCUAGAAGUGGUUCCCCGAUGGAUCAGAGUGGCUCGCCGCGUAAACCGCGCUCCAGAAGCGGUUCACCUGCCAAGUCGCGUUCGAGGAGCCGAUCUCCAGCUAAAAGUCGUUCGCGCAGUGGAUCGCCAAUGGAUAAAUCUCGCUCACGUAGGGGCUCUAGAGCUAAAUCCCGUUCUAGAAGCGGAUCUCGGGCAAAAUCUAGAAGUGCUUCGCCGGCUAAAUCUCGCUCUCGUAGUGGUUCCCGGAAGUCACGUUCGCGAAGUGGGUCCAGGGCGAAGUCCGGUAGCGGUUCGCCUAAGAAGUCCCGGUCCCGUAGCGGUUCGCCGCGGAAGUCGCGAUCUCGCAGUGGAUCGAGGCCUAAGUCCGGGUCGAGAAGUCGCUCGGGGUCGCCGGAGCGCAUGGAGAUUGAUGCGGCGGGCGACAGGCCGGAGUCACCUACCUUUACACAGGUCGAAAGAAAAAGCCGAUCACGAUCCAAAUCAGCGGGCCGCAAGUCAGCAUCCCGCUCUAAGUCCCGUUCCAAAUCUCGCUCUAAAUCCCGAUCCAAAUCUCGUUCCAAAUCUCGAUCCAAAUCCCGUUCUAAAUCUCGGUCCCGCUCUAAGUCCGGUUCGCGCUCAAAGUCCCGAUCUCGCUCUAAAUCCCGUUCCCGUUCCAAGUCCCGGUCCCGUUCACGUUCUGGCAGCCGCUCGCGCUCGCGAUCUGGAUCGAGAUCCAAGUCAAGGUCAAGAUCCAAGUCCAGGUCAAGAUCUAAGUCGAGAUCGAGGUCGAAGUCGGGAUCUCGCUCGGGCUCUGCCAAAUCCAAAUCUAGGUCCCGGUCCCGCUCGCGCUCGCGCUCGGGCAGCCGCUCGCGCUCAGGCUCCGGGUCUCCGCGCGCAGACGCCAAGAAACGGCGUAUAGUCCGGCUGGCGAGCGACGACGAGGGCGACGACGAUGGCCCACGGCCCGAGGGGGAAGGCGAGAAAGGGCAGAUGCCGCCGCCCGCGCAGGACGACUCCUCCGAUGACGAGAUCGCACCCGACUCCAAGACGGAGGAGAUGAUGGGCGGCAUGUCGGACUUCGAGAUAAUGUUGGCGCGCAAGCGGGAGGAGCGCAAGGGACGGCGCCGCCGCCGCGACAUCGACAUCAUUAAUGACAAUGACGACCUUAUAGCGGCACUACUGCAGCAGAUGAGACAGGCUGCUGAGCAGGACAGAGAGCUUAACAGAAAAAAUCAACCUGCCGUCAGGAAGGUGUCGAUGCUAAAAGCGGCCAUGUCCCAGCUGAUCAAGAAGGACCUGCAACUGGCCUUCCUCGAGCACAACGCCCUCAACGUGCUCUGUGAUUGGCUGGCCCCCAUGCCCAAUAGGGCUUUACCCUGUCUGCUGAUAAGGGAUUCUAUAUUAAAGCUGUUACAGGAUUUCCCGUCGAUAGACAAAUCCCUUCUAAAGCAGUCCGGCAUCGGCAAGGCGGUGAUGUACCUCUACAAGCACCCGAAGGAGACCAAGGCCAACAGGGAGCGCGCCGGGAGACUCAUAUCAGAGUGGGCCAGACCUAUUUUUAACUUGUCGACAGACUUUAAAGCGAUGACGCGCGAGGAGCGGCAGGCGCGCGACGAGGCCAUGGCGGGCGCGCGGGGGGGCGGGGGCGGGGGAGGGGGAGGGGGAGGGGGGAGGCGCGACGCCGAGCCGGGGCACUCCGCCGCCAAGCGCCCGCGCAACGACGAGCGCACAGACAAGCCGCUGCGGCCCGGCGACCCGGGCUGGGUGGCGCGAGCGCGAGUCCCGACGCCGUCCAGCAAGGACUACGUGGUGCGGCCCAAGUCCACCAGCGAGGUCGACAUGUCCACCGUAGCAAAGAAGAAGAUGACGCGGUACGAGAAGCAGAUGAAGCGGUUCAUCGACCAGAAGCGGCUGCGCAGCGGGGCGCGCCGCGCCGUCGAGAUCUCCAUCGAGGGCCGCAAGAUGGCGCUGUGAAUGUAAACAAGUACGCUGUAGUGUAGGGGGACUGGAGACAUCUACCUCUAUACUUGUACAACUUGUGUUUUUUCAACUAUUUGUCAUAAUAACAUUAAAAGCUAAUUUUAAGGUUUAACUCAGGUAAAUUUACAGUACGCGGUGCGCGGAUGUCGUGACCGCUACUCAUGGACUGUUAGUGCGUGGAAAUGGAGACCUAGGCUCUCCGAAAAAAUACUAAGUUAAAUCGUAAAAUUGGCUUCUUGCUAGAAUGGCUAACGACAGUUUAAAUUCUAUUAUUAGUCAUAUUCCGCAAAGUUAAUAUAAUUUGUAUUGCAUUACUCGCAUUGAACAUUUUAUAAUUUUGUUAAGUAGAUUGUACCGUACCGUAGUAGGUCCAAAUGUCUCCAGACUCCCUCUAGCUAGAGUCUCGGUGAUAUACGUGUGGUGCGAUGACAUAAUAUACUUAAUCGCCACCAUAACGAUCAGAGCGGCUAAGGUGUUCACAAAUAUCUGAACACGCCUCUACUCUCAAGGUGUUAGUGUAUGUUUCAAUAUUUCGAAAUAAGUACCAUGAAAGUACACAAUAAUAUGUCUGGUGGCGAUUGUAAAUAAGCAUAAGUCACAUAAAUGUUGACAUGGAAAUGUUCGGGUCGGCGCGGCGCUGUGAGCUUCUGAUUCUAGUUUGAUUUUAUUUAGGCAUAUUUUAAUGAAAAAAGAUACUUAAGUCGACAUUUUUCAAAAACAACGUGAAUUUACGUAAAAGUUUUAUUUUGUUACCUCAUUGUUUAGUUAUUUUUGUCAUGGUAGUGAUUAUGAGAAAUAUGUAAUUACGAAACACUUUUCAGCAAUAUUACGUAUAUGAUAUAGUGUGAAAUGAGACGCACACAAAAGUACGACUCGUAAAUUGCUAUACAGUUUAAAAUUGCAAUUUUUUUAUAAAUCCCUCUGGCAUCCAAAUAAGAAGUGUAUAAAAUUUCUUGGGAAAUGCUCUAAUAUUUUUUUCUGCAUAAAAACCCACUGCGUAAAAUAAGAGUAUUGGAGUUAUUUCUCCAGCCGCUAUAAUUAGUUAAAUCAAAAACUCACUGCACCCGAAUACGUGUGAUACCUACUUCCCUACGGCGCGGCGGGUAGGUGUGACAGAGAACACACUAUUACGUAUUCGCGUGCAGCGAGUGUUUGAUUUUAUUAUGGUAGGGUGGUGUAUGUUGUAUGUGUGCAGUGAUCAAAUUUCCAAUCGGGCUUGUAUUUACUUUUUGAUAUUUCGGAAUUACCCUUUUCUACGAGUUUGGCGUAAUGAUACUUCUAGUACAUAUUUGUAAUAAAAAUGUUUCUUCCAUGGACAUGUUACAGUAAAACGAAUUAUUUGUUGCAAAAUGGAACUUCUGUUUAUAGAGACGCGUGCAAUCUUUGGACUGUUCCAUUUAUAUGGAACUGAUAGAUGGUAUAAUGUAUGACUAUUUGUGGACCUCACAUCUUUGCAACAGGUCCCGUACACGACAUGCCAAUCGCUAACGCUCCGUAGCGAACGAAACGCAACUGUCACUGUCUCACUAAUAUGGAAGAGUGAUAGAGAGACCAAAGCGAUUCGAUGGCGAAGCGUAAGCGAUUGUCACCUUGGCUAGGCCGCCAGGAUUGAGGAGAGGUCAGUUAGUUAGGUCUACAUAAUUGCGAGUUGCUCGCAAAUCGCGUCUAUUAUUUUCUAACCUCAAAAUAACAUUAUUUUUGUCUUUGAUGAUUGCUUCGUGGAUUCGAAAAAUAAUUUCACGCCGAAACAGAAAUAAAUUAAUGAAUAUGGGGGUUUACUCAAUGAAUAUCGUCAUCAAGAAUUAUAUCUAUAUAUAAUCAGUCAGGCGGCGUUAUACAUAUAUAUGAAGUUUAAAUUUAUUUAUUUGUCUCUGGCCAAAAUAAUUAUUUAGAGGUUAGAAACGUCAGAGGGGGUGUGAUAGAGUAAGUUGGCACCGCGGUGCUCGGUAUGGAGACGCGUGUAAAGUAUAAUAUAUAUUAUAAGGCUUAUAU